UCUUCAGAUCUGAGAAACUGUCAGAAUGACUGACUCCAAGUAUUUUACCACCAACAAAAAAGGUGAAAUCUUUGAGCUGAAGGCCGAGCUGAACAAUGAGAAGAAGGAGAAGAGAAAAGAGGCAGUGAAGAAAGUCAUUGCAGCCAUGACAGUGGGCAAGGAUGUCAGUUCCUUGUUUCCAGAUGUGGUAAACUGCAUGCAGACCGAUAACCUGGAGCUGAAGAAACUGGUUUACCUGUACCUUAUGAACUAUGCCAAGAGUCAACCUGACAUGGCCAUCAUGGCCGUUAACAGCUUUGUCAAGGACUGUGAGGAUCCAAACCCUCUGAUCCGAGCUCUAGCUGUGCGUACAAUGGGCUGUAUCCGUGUGGACAAGAUCACCGAGUACCUGUGUGAGCCUCUGCGAAAGUGUCUGAAGGAUGAAGACCCCUAUGUGAGGAAGACCGCAGCAGUGUGUGUGGCCAAACUACAUGACAUCAACGCCCAGAUGGUGGAGGACCAGGGCUUCCUGGAUUCUCUCAGGGACCUGAUUGCUGACUCCAACCCCAUGGUUGUGGCUAAUGCAGUUGCUGCUCUGUCUGAGAUCAGUGAGUCUCAUCCCAACAGCAACCUUCUGGACCUGAAUCCUCAGAACAUCAAUAAGCUCCUGACAGCCCUCAACGAAUGCACUGAGUGGGGCCAGAUCUUCAUCCUGGACUGUCUCUCCAACUACAACCCCAAAGACGAGCGUGAGGCCCAGAGUAUCUGUGAGCGUGUAACCCCACGUCUCUCUCAUGCUAACUCGGCUGUGGUGCUGUCAGCGGUGAAGGUACUGAUGAAGUUUCUGGAACUCCUGCCCAAAGACUCAGAUUACUACAACACUCUUCUGAAGAAGCUCUCUCCUCCCCUCGUCACGCUGUUGUCUGGGGAACCUGAGGUUCAAUAUGUGGCCUUGAGGAACAUCAACCUUAUUGUGCAGAAACGGCCUGAGAUUUUAAAGCAAGAGAUCAAAGUGUUCUUUGUCAAGUACAAUGACCCCAUCUACGUCAAACUGGAGAAACUGGACAUCAUGAUCCGCCUGGCCUCUCAUGCCAACAUUGCCCAGGUACUGGCUGAACUGAAAGAGUAUGCUACUGAAGUGGAUGUAGACUUUGUUAGGAAAGCCGUUCGAGCCAUCGGCCGUUGUGCCAUCAAAGUGGAGCAAUCAGCUGAGCGCUGUGUUAGCACCCUGCUGGACCUCAUCCAGACUAAAGUCAAUUACGUCGUGCAAGAGGCCAUUGUGGUCAUUAGGGACAUCUUCCGCAAAUACCCCAACAAGUAUGAGAGCAUAAUUGCUACUCUGUGUGAAAACCUGGACUCUCUGGAUGAACCAGAUGCUCGAGCUGCCAUGAUCUGGAUUGUCGGCGAAUAUGCCGAGCGUAUCGACAACGCUGAUGAGCUCCUGGAGAGUUUCCUUGAGGGCUUCCAUGAUGAAAGCACUCAGGUCCAGUUGACUCUGCUGACAGCCAUAGUGAAGCUGUUCCUGAAGAAGCCCUCAGAGACUCAGGAGCUGGUUCAGCAAGUGCUCAGUCUGGCCACUCAGGACUCUGAUAACCCUGACCUGCGUGAUCGCGGCUACAUAUACUGGCGCCUGCUGUCCACCGACCCUGUGACCGCUAAAGAGGUUGUGCUGUCUGAGAAGCCUUUGAUUUCAGAGGAAACAGAUCUGAUCGAGCCCACCCUGUUGGACGAGCUCAUCUGCCACAUCGGCUCACUGGCCUCCGUCUACCACAAACCCCCCAAUGCCUUUGUGGAAGGAAGCCACGGCAUUCACCGCAAACAUCUGCCCAUCCAGCAUGGCAGUAUCGACACUGGGGAGAGUCCAGUCAGUGCCGGCCCGACUGCUUCUAUCGAUCAACCCCAAGUCAUUCCAUCUCAGGGUGACCUUCUGGGAGACCUGCUUAAUCUGGACCUCGGUCCCCCCGUCAACGUGCCACAGGGGUCUUCCAUGCAGAUAGGCGCUGUGGAUCUCCUCGGAGGUGGUCUGGACAGUUUGCUCGGGGGAGAUCUGGGAGGAGGUGUUGGGGGCAGUCCUGCAGUGGGCCAAAACUUCAUCCCGUCAUCGGUGCCCAACACCUUCGCUCCGUCUCCUACACCUGCUGCUCUCAGUAGCGGCCUCAAUGACCUGUUUGAGUUGUCCUCAGGAAUGUCCGUUGCUACAGGAGGAUUUGUGGCACCUAAAACUGUAUGGCUGCCAGCAGUCAAGGCAAAAGGACUGGAGAUAUUUGGAACCUUCUCUCGGCGUCAAGGGCACAUGUACAUGGACAUGACCUUCACCAAUAAAGCACUGCAGCACAUGACUGACUUUGCCGUCCAGUUCAACAAGAACAGUUUUGGAGUGAUCCCCACCACACCUCUCCCCAUUCACACUCCACUGAUGCCCAGCCAGAGCAUCGACAUCUCCCUCCCUCUCAACACCAUCGGCCCUGUGAUGAAAAUGGACCCACUCAACAACCUACAGGUGGCUGUGAAAAACAAUAUUGAUGUCUUCUACUUCAGCACGCUGAUCCCUCUCAACGUCUUCUUCGUGGAGGAUGGCAAAAUGGAGCGUCAGGUGUUCUUGGCCACAUGGAAGGACAUUCCAAAUGAGAAUGAGCUGCAAUACCAGAUCAAAGACUGCCACUUAAACGCAGAUACAGUGUCAGGCAAACUGCAGAACAACAACAUCUACACCAUCGCCAAGAGGAACGUAGAAGGCCAGGACAUGCUGUAUCAGUCGCUCAAACUUACCAAUGGGAUCUGGAUCCUCGCUGAACUCCGUAUACAACCUGGCAAUCCCAAUUACACGCUCUCUCUGAAAUGCAGGGCUCCAGAGGUGUCUCAGUAUGUGUACCAGAUGUACGAUGCCAUUCUGAAGAAUUGAACAUCUCUAUCAUCCCUUUCCCCCUCCACAUAUAGGUCUCCAGGAUCCAGCUCUCCAUGUUUUCUGCCAUUGUUUUAAAUCCAUCUGUAGGUACCAGUUUACUCAAUGUGCCCAUUAUGUAAGAAUCGUACAUGUUCUGUUCUAGCCAAAUGUCUUGAUGUUGUUGAUAAAGUGUCGAAGGGAAUUGUGGAACACAGCUCCAGUGUGAUUAUAUAUU